CUGGCUAAAUUGCAGAUGAUCAUCGAUACGGAAUGGGGUGGCUUCGGUGAUCGUGGCGAAGUGGAAUUUAUAAAAACGCAAUAUGACGUCAUCAUCGAUCAACGGUCCGUUCACCCUGGGGUGCAAAUAUUCGACAAACUUGUUGGCGGAAUGUAUUUGGGAGAAUUGGUGCGAUUGGUGAUCGAGAAGCUUGUCAAAUCUGGUUUAUUGUUCCAAGGUGUGGGCUCAAGUCAGCUUUUUACGAUUGGUAGCUUUCCAGCGAAGUACAUUUCAGAAAUUCUCAGCGAUGAAGGUGGUCAUCUUCAUCAAACUAGGAUGAUUCUAGACGACCUGGGUAUCGAUGGCUACCGAUACAGCGACCUGCUCAUCCUGCGAGAAGUCUGCAUGACGGUUUCUCGAAGAUCCGCCAAUCUGUGUGCAGCAGGCAUUGCCUGUGUGCUUAACAGAAUUGGCAAGAAGAAAGUGAUCGUUGGAAUCGAUGGGUCUACCUACAAGUUUCAUCCGUUCUUUCAUGCGUGGGUGAAGGACAAGGUUCGCGAGUUAGUGGAUCCAAAUAUCGAGGUACGCAGCAGCAUGCCCCCUUUCACUUCUUCACCUUUCUCCUCGUCGCUAACCGUAUUCUUGUUGCAGUUUCAUCUGAUGCAGUCUUCCGACGGUAGUGGCAAAGGGGCCGCUCUGGUUGCGGCGAUUGCAAGUAAACUGAACCUGGCGUGA